AUGUCAGAUCCAGGCCCCGCGGGCUCCAGCGAUAAACCCUCCAGCGAUAAACCCUCCAGCGAUAAACCCUCCAGCGAUAAACCCCAAGCGUCCAAUGUGCGGUGGCAAUUCAUCGACUCUUCGAAUAACAGUCGCAGCAACCUGACGCAAGUUAAACGUCAUGUUAUGCAGGAGUAUAUGCGCCAGAAAAAGGGCGACUCGCAGCAAGCGAAGCGUGGCCGGCCGAAGGCGACUCGUGCAGCCAAGCGCAAGUCGACCAGAAAAGCAACUCAGUCUACGCCGCAAGACCCUCAAUCCACGAAUGAAACAAAUCAAUCUCCAGCAGUAUCCAAACAAGAUGCUCUGGCAGAUAUUGAGGAUAGCGGCCAGGGCCGGAUUGUAGCUGUCACUACAUCGUCCAACCCAUAUGAGCUGCCAGCCCAGGCUCAAAGCAUCACCCACUUGCCUUAUAGAGCCUCUUCUAUUCAGCCCUACAAUCCCUUUGAUCCGCAACGUCUUAUGAAUAUAUCCCCACAAACCCAUAGUUACCCGACAGACUUUAGCAGCAGCCUAGCUUCCUGGUCGUCCGCGCCGACGACCCCCCUUGACUUUACACAAUCGCCAAGAUCCAUCAUGAGCGCCGCAAGAACAGAUCCGUUCAAUACCCUCCCCAUCGAGCUGGAUCUCGAUGGUCAGAGGCUCUUCGAUUUCUACGUCAAUGAUAUGCCCGCGUGCUCUUAUGGUACACAUUUUCGAUCGCUCAAAGCCCAUAAUUGGUAUACGGCCGUUUUUGUCCCCGAGGCAAUGAAAGGUGCUGUCGCGUUUCAAAAUACUAUCCUUGUUCAUGCUGCAAAUACUUGGGCUUGGGUCCGAAAUGAGGGAGAAACAGCUGAUGGCCUCUUGCAUCGAGAUCGUGCCAUCAGGAUGCUUCGUGAACAUAUGUACAAAAACCCCGGCGAUACCUCGGAUGUUGCAAUCAUAUCAUGUUUAAGUGCAGCCGCUCUUGAAGACUUUGAUCCCCGCCUUGGUCGCAAAGAAUUUAGCUGGAUGCAUAUGCGCGCAGCUCGUGAUAUGAUCCGCGCGCGUGGUGGCCCUGCUGCAUUUGCAAAUACUCGAUUGGGAAUGUUGAUUAAUUGGCAAGAUUAUAUACUGUCUGGCUAUGAGACGCGCGGGCUCAGCUUCUCAUUCGAACCAACUCCCUCCUUUACUCCGACUGUUUCAGCAGAGCCUCUUGUUCAGCCUCCUCAAAUUUCCCAAUCCAUACCCUCUCCGCCAUACUCCACCUCUUCCUUGUCAGAUACUACGCCCUGUUCCGAGCCACCGCCAGUUGCUACAAAUAGCCUCAUGCAGUUAUCCCCAAUCGAUGAAAUCCGGCUCCAGUGCGAAGAAUUUCUCGAUCUUCUGCGGCGCUGUGAACAGCUUGCUCUCUACCAAAAAGCGAAUCCCGAGUCGUGCGACCUAUCCCGCCAUACAUCUGUCCAAGAAUCUUCUCUCCUCUUUCAAAUUCUAUCCGCGCCACCAGGAGCCCGUUUCACGGCGUCAGGAGACCGAAAACAGAUGGUCGCUCGUUUCACUGCGCUGAUGAUAUUGAACGCAGCUCUCUGGGAUUACCGCUAUGCACCAAUACACGCAGGGACUUUCCUCAGGACCCUCGAAUAUGCCAUGAUUGACAGCGAAGUCAGCAUGAGCGGCUCAGUCGAGGCCAUCCUGCAAAUUCUUCUGGCAUGCAAUGAUGGCUACGUGAGCGUAGAUCACAUCAUAUCGUCUUCUAUGUCAGAUGAAUUGCCUGAUUUCACACAGUACUCCUCGGCAACACCUUCCCCAUCCGCACGGCCAUGGUUCGCAGGCCGUAUGUUGAAAAUUGCGAAACGUUUAGGCGCGGAUUCAUGGCAUCAAAUCAGUGAUCUCCUCUUCUAUUGCUUGACAUUGCAGGUUUCUGAAUAUACUGUUCAUUCCUGGGAGCCUGAUCUACGCCGUGAAAUCUUGGAAGCGCCUUUGACCAGCUAUACCAUGCCCUCGCUACUCGAAUGA